UUCCAGAUAGGACACUCCUCGCCACCCCCGCCGGCCCCGACCUCCGGGAACCAACAACGCGAGCCUCCCUCUCGAGGGCCUCGUACGCUGCUUCUCCGCCGCAGCGAAAAUGGCUUCGGCUUCACCCUGCGUCACUUCAUCGUCUAUCCGCCCGAGUCCUGCUGCAUGCUGCCAGGACACGAGAGGACGAAGAUCGACGAGCCCAUGGACACGAUCUUCGUGAAGCAGGUGAGGGCGAACUCGCCAGCCGCGGAAGCAGGACUCAGGACGGGAGACAGAGUGGUUUCCGUCGACGGGGCUCCGACUCGGGGGGAACAAUACGCCAGCGUGGUGCAGCGCAUUCAGCAGGCAGGACCUUGGCUGAGAUUGCUCGUGGUCUCCAAAGAGGACGACAUCCUGCAAAGGUACUUCGGCGAGACCGCGCACAAUCCAGAAACGAAUCCCCGUCCCCGGCUGCGUUCGCCCGAGAGGAUCUCCCAGAAACAGCGGCGGUCCAGCAGCAUGAUCCCAGGACCAUCUCCGAGGACCAGGCAAUCCUGGGUCUGCUCCCCACCACCGGGCUCCGAAAAUCAGGGAACCUUCAGGACCCGGGAAGACAUCUACAAGGAGGCCGGGAAGAUGCUGGCGAACGUGCAGAGGAGGCCCCUCGAGGCCAGGAACCAGGAAGCUGGGAUCUACGAACAAAGGUCCAGGCAAAGGGACCUGCCGAACCCUACGCCUCAACCCUACAGACCACCGUCCGACGGUCAGAGGUUCGACCUGUACGACAGGACGCGUCCAGAGUCCAUCUACUCUCGGCCGAGUUCGGAGCAGAUCUACGACCGGAUCAAAGAUCCGAUCUACGAGCGCGUGAGGCCGGACGGGAACCUGGGGGAGAGUCUGGACCGCUAUCCCGUGUCCAGGGCGGAGCCGCAGGUGCCAAUUUACCAGCCAGGACGAAGGAUCGUGGGCCGAAGGGCCAGCGAGGGCAGCGGCAUGGCUGCCGAGGUGGAGGCCCCCUCCUUCGGGAGCGUGGACAUCCUGAGGACCAGCAACCCGGGCUCCAGGACGAGCAUGGACUCCAGAAGGGACUCCUCCCCGGCCAGCAAGGACAGCCUCUCCUCCUACGACUCCAACUCCACGUUGACGGGGAACGAGUGCUCGGAUGACUCGGUUAUCAUGAACAGGCUGAGGAAGAGUUUCGAGCAGAAGGAGGAGUUCCUGAGGAGGCCGAGCCACCCCAUCGGAUGGCUCCUGCCGGAGGACUCGUUGCUGGGGUCGCAGAGCCAGGGCGUCAUCCAGAGGGAGUUCUACGCCAGGCCCCAAAAGCUGCAGAGGCAGGUCUGGCCGCCUAGUGAACAGGCCCAGCAGGCGCAGGCACAGGACAGGCUAAGACAGACCUCGCCCCAGAGGACCGACAGGACGAAGUCCUCGAAGCCGUCCAACCAGAGCGUGCAGAGGGUGAUGGACUCGGAGGGUCCUUCUCCAAAGACCCAGACCCAGAACGAUUCCUUCGCGGAGGACUCCCUCACCUCCAGGGAGAGGUUCUACUCGAGUCUCUAUGAGGACGACCGACCUAAGGAGGAUCCUAAGCUCGACGGCCAGGACAAGACCGAGAAGAUGAAGCAGGCCGUCGCGAGGAACCUGGCGAACAACAAGGCAGCCUUCGUCACCACCUUGUCCAGGAUACACGAGAACGUUGCCGCGGCUCUUCAGCAGAGCCAGGACCCCAGGAACGGGACCUCGUCCUUGCCCUCUUCUCCUGGACCCGACAAGAAGAGCGCCGACAAGUUCCCCGUUCCUCCUCAGGGUCUGCAGAUCGUCUCUCGGCGCGCCAAGCAGUUCGAAUCUGGGAAACUCCUCAGCGACGACGACGAGCCCACCAGCGACAGGACGAACCUCUACAAGAGCGAGUUGUCCAGGUUGUCCAGCAAGCGCAGCGUCCCCAACGUCGCCGUCAGGAAAAGGGAAUUCGAGUCCAAGGCUGAAUCGCAGGAGCCCAGGAGGAUCCAAGCCAACAGGGAGAGCAAGUCUCUCGAUUCGGGUAGGGGAUUGUCUGGGAACAGAAUCAUUCCCGUAGGCAGCAAGUACAUCCACUGCGAACCCCCGGCUGGCUAUAGGGAAGUCAAAGAAACCCCCGCCAUGGAAACGGAACCGGUACGCCUAAGGGCUCGCAGUAACAGUGCAGAGUCUUGGGAAGCUGUCAAUGGAUCUUCUCGUCGAGCUGCCAGACAUACUUGGCAGACGGAACCGGAGGAUGCGGAUGCCAAGAGGAACAAAGCGAAGAGACAGGACAGCUACUUGCAGGCUGUCAAAACCCAACUCGAACGAGAGCCGCAGAACCUGCGCGGGCAAGAUGCGUUUUCGGAAAGGGACGAGGCGAAAAGCGACGAGCCCAACGCACCCCUCUUCCCCUCGACGAUCUCGGACGCCCUGCCCGCUCCCGAAACCCCGAAGACGAGCCCAAGGGUGACCGUCAGUCCUCCCCAGCCGGUCAGGCCGAAUCGUCUGUCCAUCCCGAACCCCCUGAGACCCUCGGGCUCCGACGCGACCGCAGGACAGAACCACCACCUGGCACCUGCUCAGCCCAACCUGGACGUCCCCGAGGACCCCGCCAAGGCACUAGCCCCUGCAUCGUCAGACCUAUCCACCAACGGAGUUGUCCUCAGACGGCAGAAGAACUCGCAGAUCAGUGACGAAGACAGAGCCACCAGGAGGGUCUCCUACUUGAAAGCCACCUGGGGGGAGCGAAUGCACGUCGACAGCGACCUGGAGCUGAGCGACUCCGAGCCGGUCCACGCUGUCAGAAGCGCUCAUAGGCGAUGGCGACCACCGCUAUUUCCGAGCGACAUUACUCCGCUUCGACGGAUCUUCGAGGACAUGGCGCAGGCCGCUUCUUUACACCGUCACUCCCAUCAUCG